ACUCAAGUAGUUGUUUAGUGGCAGCGUUUAGGUAGUUGACAGGAAAGCGGAACUAGCUAACUAGCUAGCUAGCAGCAGCUAAGUUAACGACCUGCGUGUGUCCAGGCCAGUUUAUGAGAUUGGAACACGACAGCAUCUUUUCAAACAAUGCCACAAAACAUCGAGCUCGGUGCCACAGGAGGACCCUCCAAACAAGAAGGCAGCAACAUGGACGAUAUGACUGUAGAGCAGAUCACCAUGAGGGCUAACCAAGUGACAGACGAGUCGCUGGAAAGCACUCGGAAUAUGCUGCGGAUGGCAGAGGAGAGCAAACAGAUGGGUGUCAAUACCAUGGUGAUGCUGGACCAGCAAGGAGAGCAGCUGAGGCAUGUGGAGGAGGGCAUGGACCAGAUCAACCAGGACAUGAGACAGGCAGAGAAAAACCUGACCGACCUCUCCAAAUGCUGUGGCCUCUGUGUGUGCCCCUGUGACAGAAGAGGAUUCUUUGAUGAUUACGAAAAGAUAAGGGUCUCAUCUAUUGAGAACGAUUCGCGAUACAAGAAAACCUGGGGCAUUGGAGGACCAGAGGACGAUGGCGGUGAUGGCUCGGUUGUCUCCAGGCAACCGUCAGGUGUUCGCAACGGCCAGGCUGCCCAGUUGAAUGCCUCGGCGCCGUCAGGCCCCUACAUUAAGAGGAUAACUAAUGAUGCACGCGAAGAUGAGAUGGAGGAGAAUCUGGAGGCGGUGGGAAGCAUCAUUGGAAACCUGAAGACCAUGGCUGUGGACAUGGGCAGUGAAAUAGACAAACAGAACAAACAGAUCGACCGCAUCACAGAGAAGGCGGACAUGAACAAACAUCGCAUUGACGAAGCCAACCAGAGAGCCAACAAGCUCAUCAACUAGACAAGGAACUCUGCUUUUGCCAGUUUUAUCAACCUUAAGCCUCUGCCGUCACACACACACACACACGCACACACACACACACACACACACACACACACACACACACACUCAUGCUCUUUGAAUCUCAGUCAGGAAGAAUGUUUUAUUGCCAGCAGUGUCCUUGCCUUUACUGCACUAAGAUGUAAAUAACGUAGUUGAGCCUUUGUUUCCUGAAUCGGACCCUCCUGUCGGCACCGAGCAGAACCUCCCGCACCUUUUCACCGUCAGCGCUGAAACUCUGAGCGGCAGCAUCAGAACACACACACCAAACAGGAAGUGUCCUUCUGUCGCUGCUGUUGGAUCCCAAACACACACCAGGUCUGUUGUAUCUUCUCUGGACGUGAACAGGAAGGGAAGGAGCUGCUUUUCUCCGUCAGGCUCUGUUCGUUUUUUGACCUAAUGUUUUAUUUCAGAAUGUCCGAAGUGUCCACGUUUGUCUGGAUCCUGCUCCAUACUCAUUUACUGUGUUUUGAUGUAAACAGCACAGCGGUAAUUUCUGUUGUACGUCACUGUCCUGUGGUCAUGUGAUCUGUGAAACCGCUACACGGCGUCCAAUCAGAAAACCCCGAGUCUGGUGUGAACCGAGUCUAUCUGAACGAACUGUGUGUAAUUAUCGUGUAUUAUUUAGAUUAUAUGCUUAUUUAAUUAUUCCUAUUGAGCAGAAAUGACAUUUGAGUAGAGUUUGUUCAACCCUUUAUUCACAUGUCAUUUUUUUUUUUUUUCGUAUUUCAGAUGAAGCUAUUUCAAAAAUGAAUAAAUAUAUAAAAUGCCGUGCUUUGGACUUAAUUGUGGUUAAUGUUUUCAUGCUGGAAUUCAAAGCACCUACCCCUGAACGAUAGCAAUUUAAUAUUAUUUAGUCAUUUUCUGACUGACGGGAAGUCAAGGUUAUUGUAAUUAUUUUCAAGAAAAUUGCACGGUGUUGACCUUGUGUUAAAA